UGGCCAGGGCAGGAAAGACAAGUGGAGGUGGGAGGAGGGAGCGAUGCUGCAAAAGUCAUCUAAAAAUUGGGGCGGGGAAAAGAGGCUACAGUUUAGAAGGCAGACAAACUGCGGAAGUUGUAGCAGACAAGUUGGCAGGUCCAGUAGGUGCACCCGCCCAAGAGGGAAUGAGCAAGUGCCACGGCGGCAGGAUUUUUACCUUCUCUGAUUGUGGAAGGCGCUAGACAAAAACAUGGAACUAAUUUCCCCAACAGUGAUUAUAAUCCUGGGUUUCCUUGCUCUUUUACUAUUCUUUCAGCGGAAGAAUUUGCGUGGACCCCCGUGCAUAAGGGGCUGGAUUCCUUGGAUUGGAGCUGGAUUUGAGUUUGGGAAAGCCCCUCUAGAAUUUAUAGAGAAAGCAAGAAUCAAGUAUGGACCAGUAUUUACAGUCUUUGUUAUGGGCACCCGAAUGACCUUUGUUACUGAAGAAGAGGGAAUUAAUGUGUUUCUAAAAUCCAAAGAAGUAAAUUUUGAACUAGCAGUGCAAAAGCCCGUCUAUCGUACAGCAUCGAUUCCAAAAGAUACUUUUUUUACACUGCAUGAAAAACUUUAUGUCACGAUCAAAGGGAAAAUAGGGACUGUGAACCUAUAUCAACUCACUGGACAACUGACUGAGGAACUACAUGAGCAACUGGAGAAAUUAGGCACUCAUGGGACAAUGGAGCUGAACAACUUCGUAAGGCAUCUGCUUUAUCCGGUUUCAGUGAAUAUACUCUUUCAAAAAGGUUUGUUCCCCACAAAUGAGAGAAAAAUCAGGGAGUUCCAUCAGCAUUUUCAAGCUUACGACGAAGGUUUCGAGUACGGGUCCCAGAUGCCAGAGUGUCUCCUAAGUCACUGGUCGAAAUCCAAAAAGUGGCUCUUAGCACUCUUUGAGAAAAACAUUCCCGAUAUAAAAACAUACAGAUCUGCGAAAGAUAAUUCCGUGACGUUAAUGCAGACUUUGCUGGAUAUCAUAGAGAUGGAAAGAAAUGAAGAAAAGAGCCCCAAUUAUGGGCUUUUAAUACUUUGGGCUUCUCUGUCCAAUGCUGUCCCUGUUGCAUUUUGGACACUUGGAUUUGUCCUCUCUCAUCCCAGUGUCCACAAGACCAUUGUGGAAGGCAUAUCUUCUGUGUUUGGCACAGCAGGUAAAGAUAAGAUAAAAGUAUCUGAGGAUGACUUGAAGAAACUCCCACUGAUCAGAUGGUGCAUUUUGGAAACCCUUCGUUUAAGAGCCCCUGGUAUCAUUACUAGAAAAGUGAUGAAGCCUGUUCAAAUUUUGAAUUACACUGUUCCUUCCGGUGACCUGUUGAUGUUGUCUCCAUUUUGGCUGCAUAGAAAUCCAAAAUAUUUUCCUGAACCUGAAGUGUUCAAACCUGAACGUUGGAAAAAGGCAAAUUUAGAGAAGAAUGCUUUCUUGGACGGGUUCAUGGCAUUUGGAAGCGGGAAGUACCAGUGUCCUGGGAGUGCCCUGGGUAUUGCAGGAGCUUCAAUCAAGAAUAAGCCAUGCUCUCAGCCCUCAGGAGAUGAUUAUCUAGGAGAAGGCAAGGAGGAUAUUGAGUUCAUAAAUAACUACAAGGAAUGCAGGGUAAGAAAUGCCCAAACACCACACUGUGGAGAUUUGAGAGAAAGGGUAUAUCUGGUCAGAAUGAUCUUAGAUUUCCUGGGGAAAGUGGCCUUUGAAGGGUUAGGUGAACGUCUAGACUGAGAAAACAGAGUGACCAAAGGGUCAUUAAGGACAAGGGUAUGUAGUUGAAGGGUUUAUGGUUUCACUCUUAUUAAGAUCAGACUACAGGUAGCGGUGGGAAGAAAGACUCAAUACACACAUUGGCCCAAUUGGGGAGGCCCCUUAAUACCCGGUUGAGAGGUUGGUACACAGCUCACAAGGCACUAAUGAAGUGUUAAAAGGUUUUGUAUAGAAUGGAUUAGAGUGGGGCAUGGCUUAGGUUAUAUAAUUAUGCUAUAUUCCAUGUGAGAGACUUGGAGUGGUCGAAUCUACCAGAUUUUGGAAACUAAUUAGAAACGGGAUCAGUCAAGGGGAAGGAUUCGAGGACUGUGGCUUGAAUCUAGGUGGCUGAAAGAGAUGGUGAAAAUAGAGAAAUCAGGUGCAGGAGCAAGUAUGAGGACAAGAUGUUACAUUUUCCUUUGAAACCUUUUUAGUCUGAGGUGUGGCAAAAUAUGUAUCAUAUAACCAAAAUCUGUGGGAGAAAUAUGAAUGUUGAAUACAUGUAACAAUAAAUAGAACCUCCAUAGUCUCAUUUUUCUAUUGUUUCUGCUUUUAUAAGUCCUUAACUUUUCCAUCACGUAUUUUACAUAGCCAACCCCAGAAACAUUCUGUCUUUAAAGACAAACAAAACAGAAGAUUUUCCAGGAAAGUGAAUGACUUCAUUUGGACAGUUUUCUACCAAGAUGGAUCUCUCUACUAGAAAUUUAAUCCCACAGAUCCUUAGCAUAAUCCUCAGAAAAUUGCACCCAUUCUAAAUUUGUGUACCAAGAGCCAACUUAUUUUCUCGUGUACCAAAUACUUUGUGAGUCAGAGAAAAUUGCCUUUCAAGUAGCCGACGACCACAGUUGAUCACGAACACAUAGCCUUGUGGCCUCGCAGCUGUCAUCCCUUAGAGUUCAGGCCACCGAGGCGGUGUGAGAAGCCCUCUCAUUAGUGGACACAGAAGGUUUUGCUGAGUUUGCAAAAUAAGUAGCCGGUACUGCUGUCAGCUGCCAACCAGAAGUCAGGAUGGAAGAAUAUUGUUCCGGCUCUGCAGAGUGGGAAUUCUGAAAAUACAUUUGCCGGAAGAACCCCUUGCUGGGCACUUCCUGGUAGCUAGGAAGCUCCUGGGUACUGGCAGGAAGGGAACUCUUCCCAGUAAUGCUAUUGCUGGAGAAGUCUGGUGGUACAGAAAAACAAACAGGAGGAAGCAACACGAACUGUCAGACUUCUUCGGCAAUGGCAGCGUGCAGAAUGAGGAGUUGCCUUACAGCGGACAUUCUCCUCUGAAGCUAUGAAUUGAAACAAAGGAAGAGAACAGGGGAUUUCCAGUGUGGCGUGGCUAUCUCUGAGAGUUGUGACCUCAGCACAAAGGGAUGUGCUUGCUGUACUGCACCCCCCUCCACAUCCCCCACCCCCUUGCAAGCCAACAGCCCCCAUUUCUCUUGCUUCCCAUCCCUGCACGAGGAUGCCUGGCUGGCUGUGUCCCAGGGCUCAUUGAUCUGGGUCACAUCCCAGCUGUAAAACAAUAGCCCUGAUCUUUGGCAAGACCCCUCACUUACAAAAGCUUGCUUGGAGAAGAAGAGGCUGUAGUAAGAGUAAAUCUACAAUACUUGAGAAGUAAAAAUGAAGCGUGGAGUCCUCAGGAAUAGCAACUACGAUCUCUAUUUUGUGUGCGUGUGCGUGUUUGGGUCCUUCCUAUAUCCUGGGGCAGUACUGGGCUACAAAGUCAUGGACUUGUCUUGAAUUACUAAAGAAAGUCACACGGUGGUGGGAAAAUUAAUUCAAACAUAGAUCCAGCUGGUAGUAGAUUAGUAGUGGCAGUAUUCAACCUAACAGGUAUUUACGGAGCACCUAAUAUUAGUAUGUUUAUUCUUUCAUUCAGGAAGUAUUUAUGGAGUCUAUGUUGUAUGCCAGGAUAGCGUUCUAGGAGUUACCUUGGAAAACAAAAUGAGGGAUGAAGUCCCUUCCCUCAAGGAACUUAUAGUCUAACUCAAGUCACUUCGUGAACCGCUGGGGAAAUUCAAAGACACAUAACUUUCCUGAGUUGCUUAUAAUAUAGCUGGGGAGAUGAGACCCUAGCAACAUGAAAAACAAGCCCUACUUAACAGUGUCAGAUGACCCGUGAGAAAUGCCAGAUGACACGUAUACGUAGUAACUGCCGUAGGAAUUUCGAAGAGGGGGAUUGGAAAAGGCUGUAUGGCCUAGAUGGUAAUAAGCAAUAAACAGUAUAGAGAAAGUUCGUAGGAAUGUAAUGUAAUGUAAUAUAAUGUAACGUAAUGUACCUGUAUGUUGGGAUUUUAAGCUCUGUGUACAGUUGUUUCUAUAUGUUUGAUUUCAAGGUAAUAUAAUCUUAAUAAUUGUGCCUUAUUCAGUAAAAUAUCUUUGCAGUAUGCUGCAAAGUACUGUAAGUAGCUUUUCUCCCUUUUAUACUUAGAAAGAGCUGAUUGCUUUGAAGAGUGAGGAAACUCAAAUCCCUAUGGAUUUCGUGAGACCUUGCAAAUUCAAUUUAUUCUGAGGCAUUUGUUACAUAAACAAACGCAUCCCCUCAACUCUGGUUGUCAAGUAGAACUGAAAAAACUGUAUUUGCUUAUAUAAUUGUUUCCUAACAUUUUCCUUAUUGUGGGCACACGUCCUGGAGGGCAUAUAAAAAGGGUUAGGAGUGAGGGUGGGAAGGGUGGAUGUGGUUAAUUCCAAGACUGAGUCAGGCUGCCAGACUCCUUUAUUAAUUUUUAGCCAUGUAUCUCUCUUCUUACUGCUUUACUGUGGAGCAGUGACUCGCUGAAAGGAGCCCAGAAACCACUGGCAAAAUUGUAGUCAUUGCUUUCCCAGCCACCUUGUUCUGACACUUCAUUAUGAGGCUAAGAUUUAAGACUGUCAAGAACAGAAGAAGCAAUUCAGGACUGACUUUUGAUCCUUAAGCCAAAGUGCUUCCGAAAUAUAGCAUGUUCGUUUCUGGGCAAAAAUUAUAGCAAAGACCCUCUUUUCCUUUUAUUUACAAAGUAGAUCUCCAGCCCCUCUGUGGUGCACAGAAAACCUGCACGGGAUUCGUAUCUGUGGAGAGAAAGAAAGAGCACUCCAGGCUGGGUAUCUUCCACCGCUCUCCCCAUUUUUUUGAUCUUUCUCCACUCAUCAAACUCAGUGACUACUCUUGAACAGGAGAGAUGUCUCCUGUUCAGAAGGAGGGUUUAAUUACAAAGAAGUGAGGACUGAAUUAAAACUGUGCCGUGUCACCAUACUGCUUGUGGGUUACUGCCUCCCUAUCAUCUAACGCCUUCUCCUUUCUUCCCCUCCCUCAUUUUCUUUCGGGGUUCCAUGGGAUUCUGGGGUGCAGAUUCCAUCCCCCCAGCUCCAUAACAGUGGAGCAUGGUUCCCUAAGCCCAUGUGCAAAUACCAUCCCUGUCCCCCAGUUCCCUUCCCAUGGUGACUGGUUUCAGUGUUGGCGUAUGUUUUAAGCAGUGCGAGGAACUACGAGGGUUUCCGUUGAGACUUCUGGGUCAAAAAUAAUCAUUCCCUGUAGGAUGUGAAUAAAGAAGCACUUGGCCCCCCAAGUUGUUGCUAGCCAUUCGGAGACAAUAAAAGCAGACAGUGUUAGGAUAAAGUUGGUACCACAGGGCAGAGCAGCAGGGGCAAACUGGCUUUCUGGGAACAUCACUGAGCUGCUGGGCCCUCUCUGCCCGAGGCCAGCCAGCUCUAGUUUUUCAGGCACACAAAGCGAUGCAUUCCCUUCGGUAUGGAAACCAGUCUGAUGUGGUUUUCUGUCACUUACGACCCAAAGCAUCCUAAGUAACAUAAUUUCCUUAAAAGCAAAAGUGUGCUUCCAAGGUUUGUUGAACUCUGUGAAAUAUUGUAUUAACGUGCUCUGACCGUAUCCAUGAAUUGCUUCCUAAAUAGCAUGGGCUUUUGCAGAGGGGUGAUAUACCCAUUUACUGUGGGUGCAUCACAAAACAAAAGCAAGUGUCUCAUCUUCAAUUUUUUCUGGAAGGUCUGGAAUUUAAAAUAUACCAUGCGGGUGGCUCAGUCAGCUGAGUGUCCGACUUGGCUCAGGUCAUGAUCUCACUGUUCAUGGGUUUGAGCCCCACAUCCAGCUUUCUGCUGUCAGCGUGGAGCUGGCUUUGGAUCCUCUGUCCUCCUCUUUCUCUCUGCACCUCCUUGCUCAUGCUCUCUCUCUCUCUCUCUCUC